GAGGUUAACUGAUCAUUUCUUGAUGAUACGGCCGCAGUGGGUCAUUAGUUCUGUGGAUCUUAUGUGGAUUUACCUCAUACUAAUCGCUAGAACUUCCAUCCUACCCGGAGAUUAUUCAGUAGUGAAGGGUGCCAAAUAAUAACAUAAUAAGGAGGAUCUCUCGCAUCAUGGAUAUCUUUUUUCAUCCAUCUCAAAGAUUGUGAUCGUCUCUCAGUUCGAAUUCUCCAUCAGAUUUUGUAUCUUUUGCGUGCAAUAUGUUCGACCUAGCACCCCGCCCCGAUGAACCUAUCGUUAUCUCAACGACCCAUAAAUCAUAUCGAUUGGGAAAAGAUAGAGGAUUGCCACCCCACCUUGUUGGCGAACAGAGCAAUUAUCUCGUCGAACUUACCGAUGAAAAUGAUCCUGCCAAUGCGAAGUCAUGGACUUUCAAAAGGAAGAUGAGAACUGCUGCAGUUCUUGGAUUUGAUACUCUUAUCGCAUCUUGGGGUUCAUCUGUAUACUCGGCAGCUGUGGCACCAGUUGCGUAUGAAUUUGGUGUCAGUGAGGUCGUGUCUAUUCUUGGUUUAACUUUGUAUAUCUGUGGUUUUGCAACUGGUCCCUUGUUCUUUGGUCCAAUAUCUGAACUCUAUGGUCGAAAGAAACCUGUCACUUUAGCAUGCUUUGUUUUCACCUGCUUUAUGUUUGCUGCGGCAACGGCCAAGGACUUCCAAACAUUGAUGUUAUGUCGAUUCUUCGCAGGUGUCUUCGCUUCUUGUCCUCUGGCUGUCGUCGGUGGCGCUUUUGCUGAUAUGUUUGGAAACGAGACUCGAGGUAUUGCUAUUGCUGCUUUCUCAGCGUUGGUAUUCAUCGGUCCCUUCAUCUCGCCUAUUGUUGGAGCAUUUAUUACCACGUCUCACCUUGGUUGGAGAUGGACCGAAUACAUCACUGGUAUCAUGGGUGCUCUCGCUUUCAUUCUCGACAUCUUGUUCCUCGAGGAAACAUAUGCCAAGACACUUCUCCAAAGCCGAGCAGGAAAGAUUCGAAAGGAGACUGGCAACUUCGCCAUUCACCACAUCAGUGAAGAGGAGAUCAUCAGCUUUGAUGAUCUUGUCAGAAAGCACUUGUUCCUUCCAUUCAAGCUUCUCUUUGGAGAGCCAAUUGUUUUCCUCAUCACUAUCUAUACUGCUUUCAUUUAUGGUAUCUUGUAUCUUUUCUUGGAAGCCUACCCUAUUGUGUUCGCCGAAUAUCGUGGAAUCGAUCCAGCAGUUGCAACACUGCCAUAUCUGGGAAUGAUCAUUGGUGUUCUCUUCGGUUGUGGUAUCGUCAUUGCCUUCGAGCCAAGAUAUAAUCGCAAACUCAGGGAGAACAAUGGUAUUCCAGUUCCAGAGGAGAGACUUGUUCCCAUGAUGGUUGGUGCUUGUCUAUUUCCAUGUGGUUUAUUCUGGUUUGCAUGGACAGGAAACUAUCCAUCUAUCAACUGGGCCGCUCCAACUGUCAGUGGUAUAUUGACUGGAGCUGGUAUUAUGACUAUCUUCCUACAAGCUUUGAAUUAUCUUAUCGAUUCAUAUCUUUUCGUAGCAGCCAGUGCCAUCGCUGCCAACACAUUUCUCCGAUCUUUCUUCGGUGCUGGAUUCCCAUUGUUUGCCACAGCAAUGUUCCACAAUCUUGGUGUACAAUGGGCUGGUAGUUUGUUGGGCUUCUUGGCUAUCGCAUUUUUACCGAUUCCUUUCUUGUUCUACAAGUAUGGUGAAAGAUUGAGGAAAAUGUCUCGUCAUGCUCCAACCGAUUUUGGUGUACCUAAGAAUCAGCCAGUCGACGAGGAGACUGGUACUGCAGUUACCACUGCAGCACCUUCUAUUGAGGAGGAGAAGCCAGAACCGGUGGUGUAAUGUAAUGUAUUGUGAUGAUGGAUACACUGAUAUGUUGGAUGGGAUGACUGAUAUGAAGUAUACUUGUCUAUGAUUAAUUUUCAUGAGAUGAUUUCGCAUCGUUGCAUUUUGAUGGCGUCGUUGGUAUCAAUACCCUGGUAGAAGCGUUGCAUUUUUAAAUAGAAUAGAACUUAUAUACCUUAAUUUAUACAUUAUAUAUUAGAAACAAAUCACAGUUGUUGGAUUCA